AUGCUGGACUGGAGAGUGGCAAGUGCAUAUUUGAUCCUGGCUGUGACGUUGAUGCUGUGGAGCUCAGGAAAAGUGCUCUCAGUGGAUGUAGCAACAGAGGACUUUGAUUCUGGAGUCAUAGAUGUACAGUCACAGCCCACAGUCAGGGAAGAGAAAUCAGCCACUGAUCUGGCAGCAAAACUCUUGCUUCUUGAUGAACUUGUGUCCCUGGAGAAUGAUGUGAUUGAGACAAAGAAGAAAAGGAGCUUCCCUGGUUUUGGGUCUCCCUUGGACAGACUCUCAGCUGGCUCUGUACAUCAUAAAGGUAAAAAGAGGAAAGUGGUAGAUCAUCCCAAGAAGCGAUUUGGUAUUCCUGUGGAUCGGAUUGGUGCAAACCGGCUUUCAAAUUCCAGAGGCUAAUUGAUUCCAAUGAUGAGUCUUCCUUGGGUGAAAUGUCACAGAACAUG